AUGGACGAAUUUGGUUCCGAACCCAAAACAACCAUGGUGGUCAACGAAGCUAUCGACAAUGAACUACCGGUAGAGGGGAAUGUCGCCGACCGCGUCACAAAACGUUCUUCCAUUACCACGGUUGUGGUCAGCGGUGUGGCGUUGUUUUCGGAUGGUUACAAUGCGCAGAUCAUUGGAUAUAUGAACCUUAUCCUAGCAGAGCUUUACCCGGUAGCCUUCACCAGUAUUAUCAAAACGCGGCUUUCCAAUGCGUACCUCAUCGGCGAGAUCUUUGGUAUGCUAUUUUUUGGCUAUGCAAUUGACCGGCUCGGCCGUCGCACCGGCAUUAUCUUUGCCACGCUUUUCCUCGUGCUCGGCAUUAUCAUCGCAACGGCUGCACACGGAACGACAGAUCUUGGCAUGCUCUGGAUGAUGAUCAUUGGCCGAGGCGUCUCAGGCUUCGGUGCUGGUGGUGAAUAUCCCACAUGCGGCACGGGCAGCACAGAGGCGUCCGACGAGACCGCGUAUGGCCGCCGUCGGCGAGGUAUGCUUGUGGCUGUCGCAACAGACUUUGCGAUCGACUUUGGCUUCGUCGUUGCGGGCAUCGUGGCGCUGAUCGUCUUGGCUGCGUACCACCAGAACCUUGGUGACGGUGUGUGGCGCGUCUGCUUCGGUCUCGGAUUCAUCUUGCCCGUAACACUCGUAUUUUUCCGCCUCAGCCGGUUCCAGUCAACCCAGUACCGAAAGCAUGCCAUGAAGAAAGACAUCCCGUACCUACUAGUGAUCAAGCGUUAUUGGAAGCCUAUGCUUGGGACAUCGCUGGCUUGGUUCAUGUACGACUUUGUGACCUACCCGUUUGGUAUUUUCAGCUCAUCCAUCGUGUCCACAUUGAAUCCAAACAACACAAUUACACAAAACAUCGGCUUCGGAACUGUUAUCAACUGCUUCUAUCUCCCCGGGUGCCUUGUUGGCGGUCUACUCAUGGACUGGAUCGGCCGCAAGCAGACGAUGACUCUGGGGUUUUUCCUGUGGGCCAUUUUGGGAUUUAUCAUUGGGGGCGCCCUCGGUCCCAUCCAAUCCGUUUUCCCUCUCUUUGUAGUGCUUUAUGGCAUUUUCAAUGCGUUGGGCGAGAUGGGUCCCGGCGUGGCAACAUUUCUUUGUGGUGCUGAAUCGUUUCCCACGCCCCUGCGUGGUCACUUUCUGGGUCUCGCAGCAGCUGUGGGCAAAGCCGGCGCAGCAAUUGGCACACAGGUGUUCACACCAAUCCAGAACUCGUUCCCCGACGCCGAGAAAGGUAUCCAGGGUGUUUUCCUCAUUGGUGCGGCAUUUGCUGCGGUUGGCGGUCUCAUCUCAUGGUUUUUGAUCCCUUCCAUGGACAAGGAGCUGGAGAACGAGGAUACUCGCUUCCGCGUCUAUCUGGAGCAGAAUGGGUUUAAAGGGUCGUUCGGAGAUCUGUCAACAGUCAACUAA